ACUGACAAAAGCGGCAAGCGUGUAAAUGUUGUUAACAAGUACAAAGUGUUGUGAAAGAACAAAAACAGAUUAAAACAGGCCUCACAAAUUAGUGGUUCAUUGGAAAGGAAAGUGUUCGAAGCACACACAGCUUCCUUCGCGAGUGCUUAACAUACAAAUAAACAUACAUACUUAUGUAUGUAUGUAUGUAGAUAUAUUAGUUGGAUUACUCAUAGAGCGCAGGAGCAACGACCAAAGAGGCCAAGCGACAUUUUCACUGUUUUCGGUUCGGUUUCUCCACAAGAUCGGCGGCGGGGCCAUUGUGCGACUUCGUUCUCUGCUCGUUGGCAGUGUUACAACAACUUUACGAAAUCAAAACCAGUAUCUGAGCCAAUGUAUCUGUAAGAUACAACAGAAACAACAACAACACAGCUUCAGCGCAUAUUGGAAUUUAUUUAACACGUAUGCGACGCACCAACACAAACAUAAACACACAGACACACACACAUAGAGAGAGUCUCUAUUGGAUAUAUUACGCUUGUAUUUGUAGCGGACAGUUGAAGAUGCGGAGUAUUGAGUAAAGCAAGUCUAAAGUCUAAAGGCUGGAGGCGCCACCGCUGUUCACCCCUGGCACCAUGGACGCCAAGAAGCUGCAACAGCUGCAGGCGGCCUCAGCUCAGCAGCAGCAACUGCAACUGCAACUGCAGCAGCAGAAGAAGCUGCCGCUGUCGUAUCAAACGAAUCUAAUCGAUUAUCGCGCCGCCACACAUUCGCCAGCGGCUUACCACAUGCCGUACCAGCAAUCGCCCACAGCCACCUCCAGCAGUGGCGGCGGCCCACUCUCGCCCAUCGACAUGCAGCCGCAGGCCAAGCACAAUUUACUGAAGCACGCACAUGGCGGCGGCGGCGGCGGCGGUUCAAGCAGCUCGCAUAGCUCGCCCUAUCAUCAGUCGUACUCGAGCAGCGAGCCGUACUAUCAAUCGCCUACGGAGCGCACCUAUUUGGCAGCCGCGGGCAGAUUACAGGCCAGCAAUGCUACGGCGGGGCACAAUCCGAUAUCGGCGCUGCAGGCGCAGUAUCAACAAUUGCAGCAAGCCAAAAUGCAUGCACAGCUUGCAACACAAAGCGAAGCAGCGCAGCAGCAGCAACGCACGUUCGCCAUGCGUCAGGCCAUGAAUCCGCCCACAGCGCAUUUUCAAAUGAGCCAAUCCGCCAGCAUGGCGAGCAACAUUACACUGCAGCAGCAGCAGCAACAACAGCAGCAACAACAGCAGCAGCAACAGCAGCAGCAGCAGCAGCAACGCGCACCGCCCUCCAGUUUGAAUUUAGCGCAACAAUAUGCAUCAGGACCUUUGAAGCUGCAGCAGGCCAUGCCCAAGCACUAUCAGGAGCAGCUCUAUGCACAGCAGCUGCAGCUGCAGCAUCAGCAACAGCAACAGUUGCAGCAACAGCAACAGCAGCAGCAGCGUCAAAAGGCUGAGCUGCAAACUCCUGGAGGCAGCGAACAUGGCCCAGUUUAUAUACAACAGAAUCAUCCAGGCCAUGUGGUCAAUCAGGCCUGUCAAACACAAAUAUCGAGCGUCAAGCCCAAGCCCACGCCCAGCUCGGAGGAAUCCUCUAGCGCCUCGACGCGCAGUCCCACGCAUGCGCCGCUGGAUCGCAAAAAGAGUUUGGGCUCCAUUCAGGCGCUCAAGUCGCCGGUGACCAAGCGUCCACCCACUACGCCGGUGACGCUCGCCGGCUGGCUGCAUAAGCAGGGCUCCGAUGGCCUCAAGGUGUGGCGCAAGCGCUGGUUCGUGCUCGCCGAGUACUGUCUCUACUACUACAAGGGACCCGAGGAGGAGAAGCUGCUGGGCUCGGUGCUGCUGCCCUCCUACAGCGUCGCCGCCUGCCUGCCCGAGGACAAGAUCUAUCGCAAGUUUGCCUUCAAGUGCGAGCACCAGAACAUGCGCACCUAUUGGCUGGCCGCCGACAAUGGCGAGGCCAUGCUGCAGUGGGUGCGCGCGCUAUCCGCCGCCAGUCUCAUGCAAGUGCCCAGCAGCGGCGAGUCCGAGCCCAGCGUCAGCUCCUCGCUCAACCACAGCGGCGAGAACUCCGACUCGGGCAUUCACACGCUGCAAUCGCAAGGCGCAGGCAAGGGACAACUGACGCCAGCUUCGGACAAUGUUGCUGCUGCUGCCGGCGCUGGCGGCGCACAACCUUUGUAUGCUAAUGCGCCGCCCAAGCCGAGACGCAUCAAUGAUGGCGGCUACUCCUCGCCCUCACCCGAGCACAAUGAACAGCCAAGUCGCCAGCUCUAUCAGCAGCAGCGCCAGCAGCAACAGCAGCAGCAGCAGCAUCAUGCCAUCUAUGAUACACGCACGGGUCAGGUCUCCACCUCGCUGCAGCUGCAGCAAGCACAACAGCAAUACUCGCUGGAUCAUCUCGAGGCGCAGUUCCAGCAGCAGCAGCUGGACAUGGAGGAGCAGAUAGCGCGUCUGCAGCAGCAACGCGCCGUCGAGGAAAUCUAUGGCGAGCGUGAGCUCUACAUGGCCAAGCUGAUGCAGCGCGGCUAUCCCAGUCAGCAGCAGCUGCAAGCCGAGCGACGCACUCCCGACGCGUACGGACGCUCCAAGCGCAUGUUUGCCGCUGCCGCCGCCGCUGCCGACUACGAGGAUAUCUACAACAUGUCACAGCUGGCGGCCGCAGCACCCAUGUCCGCCCAGGAGACGCUGCUGCAGGAGGCGGCCAGCUACAGGCGACCACUAAGUCCGCCCAGCUAUGAUGGCAGCAAGCAUCUGCCCGCCAUGCCACAGUGCUAUACGCCCAAUCACUUGGAGGCAACGGGCGCCGAUCAACUAAUCAAUAGCCUGGAUUUGCGUGCUCGCUCGGCGGCGGCCAUUGUGCGUCCGCACUCGGCCGACUUUCUGGAGUAUGAGGCGCGUGCCGAGGCCGCGGCUGCAGCUGCGGCGGCGGCAGCGGCGCACAACAAGCACGAGACGGGCCGCGCACCGCGACCCAAAUCCAGUUUGGACAUUAAUCGCACGCCCGACUGCUUCUACUACUCGGAGGCCAGCUAUGCGGACAAGAUGCGCAAGAGCGCGCUCUACUUGCAGAGUGGGGGCGUGGCACAGCCACAGCAGGCGGGCAGCUAUCGCAUUGCGGGCGAAUUCGCUGUUGGCGGCGUCAAUACCAUUGGCUAUGAGAAUCCCUAUGAGCGCGCCUACAAGCGCCAGGAGCUGUUGGCCGAGACGCAGGCGCAGAGCAGCGCUGCCAGCAGCAUGCCGCGCAUGAGCCGCUCGGCUAGUCAUAGCGUGGGCGUCACCCAGCACCAGCAGCAACAGCAAGCACAAAUGGAGGACUUGCCGCCCAUUAAUGUGCAGCCGGGUUCCAUUUUCCCGCCCUCGAUGUCCACACAGGAGAUUAUAUGCAAGAACGAGCAGUUCCUGCGUUCGGCCAGCGCACGUUUGCCCAAGCGCAGCGGCGGCAUGGACGAUGACUACUCGCCCAGCGAUUCGGUGGCCACGUCACCCACAGCGGCUACAGCGCCGCAGGCGCAGGAUGGCGAACGCAAGCGUGAGGAGUCGAUGAAGCGGCUGCUCGAGUGGAAGCAGCGCAUGCUGCAGUCGCCGCUAACACGCAAGGGCGUGCAGCAAGGCGGCAGCAACAUGUCCGCCAUGUCCAAGCUGGGCAGCAAUCCCAACAUACUGCUCUCCUCCACCACAGUGGCCAGUGGAGCGCGCUAUGCGCAAAAUGCAGGCAAGAGCGGACUGGUUGCCAAUGCGGCGGCUACAACGGCAGCAACGACAAAUGGGCCAACUGCUGCCAGUGGCAUUCAACGCUCCAGUUCAGAGACGCAGGCGAAUGCAGCUGCGGGCUAUAACAACUACUCCUCGGAUGAUGAAGCUUCUAUAUCGGUACGCAAUGUGCACAAUCUGCCCAAGGGCAAUCUGACUGUGAAGCCGGAUCCAACGGAUGCGUCCUUUGCCCAAUAUGAUGUCUACUAUGGCGGCGCAGCGGAGACUAAAUACGCCAAGGCUACAGCGCUGACAGAUCGUGCGCAAUACGCGCGUGCAGCGGUGGCGGCUACAUCGACGCCAACGCAUGUGGGCGGCAUGCGACGUGCGGGCAGCCGGGCUGAGAUUGAUAUGCUGGAGCGUGAGACGAGCACACAGAUUAGAAAUCUGGAUGUGUCCGCUGGGGAUUUGUUGAGUCGCACGCAUGAGGAGUUGGUGCUGUUGCUCAUCCAGCUACGUCGUCAGAGCAGCCAAACAGCGCGUGCCAUUGAGCAGUGCUGCAGUGAUAUUCACAAUGUGCAGAAUCGUCUGCGCGGCGCUGAGGGUUUGACGCGUGCAGAGAGCAUACAACGCUUGGAUUACUUGAAGCAGCAUUUGCUGGACUUGGAGCGGCAGUAUGAGAAGAGCAAACCGCUGGUUAAUCUGGUGGACAACAUGGUCAAGCUGGGCUCGCUGUAUCGCAAUGAUGCCAAUGGGCGUGCACAGCCAGCUACGCUGGAUCGCCUGGAGUUCAAUCAGCGCAUGCAGGAGCGUCAAAUGCUGCAGGAGGAGCAGCAGCAAUGGGAGCGCCUAAGUCCCAAUCAAGCGGAGCUGCAGGCCAAGGUGCGUGAGCUUUAUCAGCUGGAUCAGCUGCUGCAGGAGGAGUCUGGCACGCUGCAGAGCUUGCAACGCGACAAGGAGGAUCUGGAGCGGGCCCUGGGCGGUCUGCGCGCGCGCAUUCACGACAACAAUGCCACGCCCAUGGCGCUGGAGGCGGCCAAGAAGCAGCAACAUGUGCUCGAGCGCGAACUUUCGCGCGUGCAUCAGCUGCUGGCCGAGAACUCAAAGGUAGCAGAGAAACUGGAGCAAACAGUGGCGGGCAAUGCGCGCUUGGAGCAGGAGCUGCUGACGCUGCGGCAGAAGGUGCAAGCAACACGCCAGCUGGGUGGCAACAACGAGGCUCAGUUGAAUGGCAAUCAGAAUGCAGCUGUGCUGCAGUCGGAGCUGGAGCGUGUGCAGUCGCUGGUGGGCGAUAUGCAACGUCAACGGCAUGAGCUGAGCUCGGCGGUGCGACAGUUGACGGAGAACUCAACGCGCUUGUAUCAGGAGAUUGGCAACAAGGAGCAGCUGCCCGCCAAUGGCGCAAAUGGCAGCACCAAUGGCAGCCUGAAAAAGCGCCACAACUCGGCCAGCUGGACUGAGACCGAUCUGGAUGCCAAUUUGCUCAAUGGCAGCAGCAGCAACAUGGGAAGUCAGCAGCAGCUGCAUGACUCCACACUGAAUCUGUCGACGCCGCUUUAUGUGGACACCAACAGCGCCACGAAGCUGAGCGACUAUAGUCGCUAUAAUGGCGGCAGCAGCAGCGAUGCCUUGGAGCUGAGCGGCGUGGAUAGCGAUGGCUUUCUGGACAGCAAUCCGUUUGCCAAUCUAAGCAAUCUGGAGAAGCAGGAAAUCAAAACGGUGCGCAUUGUUAAGCGCGAGUCCGAGCGACGUCAUCGCGAUCGCAGCGAGCGUGGCCUGAGCAGCUCCACACAGAAUCUGGAUCAAGUGCUGGAGGAGGAGCUCUAUGCCAAGCAACAGCAACAACAAUUGCAGCAGCAGCAGCAGCAGCAGCAACAACAACAACUCUAUGGCAACAGCUUGGAGCCGCAGCUGACAAAUGGACAUCACAAUCGCUCCAAGUCGCUGCCGCGCAGCUACAACGAGCCGCCCAAGCUGCGGCACAGCAGACACCACAAUGGCAAACAGCAGAAUGGUCACCACUACGACUACGACAGAAACAGCAACUAUGAGCAACAGGCGCCGCCACCGCCAGCGCCGCAGAGCAAUGGCCAGCACUUGAAUCCCUUGGCCAAUGCUUACUUUGCCAAGCAGCUGCAGCAGCAGCCCAAUCCCUCGCGCGACAGCGCACGCGUUGCACUGCGCGCCAAGACCGACUCCAUGCAGAGCCUGAACAAGAGCCUGACCGACAUUAGCCCCGAGCCAGUGUUCCAAAGCGUUGCAGCGCGUCAGAUUAUUAACGAAAUGAGCGCCGGUUCCGCCUCAGAGGAUACUGAGAAAAUUGUGGAGCGAGUGCCGCCGCCACACAAGCAUCGACGCGCUGUGCCGCGCGAGAAGCGACGCCACUACACAGCGCCCAACAAUGUUAACCAAAAGGCCAUGGAGAAGGUGCAGGCGGAGAAUGACAUGAAUCGCAAUAACACCAACUGGCGUGCACGUGAUGAUUUGGACAUGGAGGUGGCGUUGCGUCCGCGCAUGAAUGCGCCGGAUGUGGUGCGCUCAGCGCUUGGCCAGGGCGAGAAGAUAUCCGAGAAUACCAUAGACAACUUGCUGCUAGCGCCCAACAAGAUCGUCAUACCCGAGCGUUAUAUACCCGAAACUACGCCCGAGUUGUCGCCAGAGGAGAAGAAGCGUCGCCAGGAGAAGGUUGAGUCUAUUAAGAAAAUGUUAUCCGAGGCACCCAUAAGCAGCAAUGAGAACGAGAGCGUGCCCGCCAGCAAACUCAAUGCGGAGAAGAAGCAACGCGAGCAUCUGUUGCAACUGAAUCAAAUAUUGGCACAGCAAGUGAUGCAAGUCAGCAAGAUCGUAGCUGAGAAAGCCAUGUCGAAGAGCAGCAAUGGCAGAUCCGGCCAGAGCAGCGAUGAGGAGCGUCGUUCGGAGUCGCCAACUGAACCACUGCCGUUAUAUCAGCAGCGCGAUAAUUUUUACAGUUAAGCGCCGCUUCCGCCGUACUCCGAAAAUACGAAAAUACAAACGUAAUAAGCACAAUAAACAGCUGCAUUUAUCUAAACGAAAAUCAAAGUAGAAGGAUUUGCUAAUUGAAUCUAAAUUUAUCACGAGCUCUCGUAUCAAUUGUUAAGCGACUGAAGUGUAACUAAAAUUUUAUCAAAUAUCAAAUCAGCAUCAUCGGCAUUCGAAAAGAGUUGAACAAAAUUAACGAAUUUUUAAAGUGCGUCAGACAUAACACGCACACAACAAAAGUAUUUAUUAAUAUAUAUACAAGCAACUAAAUGCCGAUAUUAUUAUAAUUAUAUAUACACAAUGAGGCGACAUAUCAGUAAGCGUGUUAAAUAAUCUAUUAAACAAUGGCAAUUACAUAAAAUGUUAUCAAAAACUAUAUACAUAUAUAUAUCGUUGACUAGUAUCGGUUACAUAAACUCAACUUUGAUGUCAAUAUAUUUGUUGUAUAGUUGAAGGCGUACAACGUUCCUGUGCUUGGCCCAUAGGCCAACAUAUAUACACUUAUGUAUGUACUUGUAUUGUCUUGUUAACUAAAGAAACAAUAACUUUAAAGACUUUGGGUAACAUAUUACGAUUAACAACAGACUUUGAAAAAGAGUAGCGCAUUUGCAGAAACAAAUUUACAGCCAAUCGAAAGCAUUUGAUAUCAAACAACAAAAUCAACAGCAAGAAUCAAACAGAAGAGUCACCAAAUGAUAGUUAGGAACUAGCAUUUAAUACAACUGGAACUAAACUGCAUUUCUUUAACAACAACAACAACAAUGAGAAGAAGAACAAUACCAAGCGCACUUUUUUCUAGCAUAUUCUGCAAUAUAUUUCCAAAAAGGUACCUAUUACGAAUUAUGGAUAGCAAUAAAAGAAAUAAUCGAAUACAUGCAUUACAUUUUAAAUAAACAAACGCAGACACGAAUUAUUUAAUUACAUAUAGGUCAAUUAGCCAGGCAAUUAUACUAUUUAAAAACUAUGCACAGCAAAAAUAUAUUGCAAGCAAAUAUGCAGCAACAAUUCACAAGUCAAUCAUAUAACUAUUUUAUUGAUGUCUGAUAACUUUUAAAGUUAUUGAUAAAUGCAAUUAAUAUCAUACAUAAAUAAAUAGACA